CAGCGGGACUCCAGGCUCUCACUUCCCCAGCUGCUGACGUCAGCUGGCAGCCUGGGCUGUGCUCGCCGCUUCGGACAUAGCGCCGAGAAAAAUGCUGCUCUCCGUACCGCCAAGGGCAGGAAUCAACCCAUACAACGGCUAUAACAGCAGAAACAGCAAAAAGGCCUAUGUGUCCUCCGGCCAUCAGAUGGCGCCCCCCAGUCCCAACACCAACAGCAGUAGCAACAGCAGUGGCGGAGGAGGGGAACAGCUGAGUAAAACCAACUUGUACAUCCGCGGCCUCCAUCCAGGCACCACGGAUCAAGACCUGGUCAAACUAUGCCAACCGUAUGGCAAAAUUGUGUCGACCAAGGCCAUCCUGGAUAAAACCACCAACAAAUGUAAAGGGUAUGGCUUUGUGGACUUUGAUAGUCCAGCAGCAGCACAAAAAGCUGUUACUGCUCUGAAAUCCAGUGGAGUCCAGGCUCAAAUGGCCAAACAACAGGAACAGGACCCCACCAACCUCUACAUCUCCAACCUACCGGUGUCUAUGGAUGAGCAGGAGCUGGAGAGCAUGCUCAAGUCCUUCGGCCAGGUCAUUUCUACACGCGUCCUCCGAGAUGCCAACGGGACCAGCCGCGGCGUUGGUUUCGCCAGAAUGGAGUCCACAGAAAAGUGCGAAGCCAUAAUUCAGCAUUUCAAUGGCAAAUUCAUCAAGACUCCACCAGGAGUGCCUACGCCCACAGAGCCCUUAUUAUGUAAGUUUGCAGACGGGGGUCAGAAGAAGAGGCAGAGCCAAGGGAAGUAUCUUCAAAAUGGCAGGCCCUGGGCUCGAGAUGGCGAUACGGGAGGAAUGACGCUUGCAUAUGACCCUGCAGCUUUACAAAAUGGCUUCUACCCCUCACCUUACAGUCUGGGUCCAAACAGAAUGAUUGCUCAGACUUCGCUCUCACCCUACAUGCAUUCUCCUGUCUCUUCCUACCAGGUACACAGCCCAUCCUGGAUGCACCAUCAGUCAUACCUCAUGCAGCCAGCUGGUACAGUUCUUACCCCAACAAUGGAUCACGCCAUGUCCAUCCAGCCCACAUCCAUGAUGGGACCUCUCACCCAGCAAUUAAGCCACCUGUCCCUGGGCAGCACGGGCACAUAUAUUCCGGCCAACACUACUAUGCAGGGGACCUACAUCCCCCAAUACACCCCAGUGCCUCCCUCCAGUGUCCCAGUAGAGGAGAAUGGUGGUCAACAGCAACAGGUUGCAAUGGAGACUCCUGCAGAACACGCAAACUACUCAUACCAACACACCAAGUGAAGCUAAGCUCCCAGCACGGUGGGGCCGAGGGCACAAAAUGAAUCCAACCAAUAAGGAUUCAGCUGGAAGAGAUCUGUGCUCCAUACCAUCACCAAGCACCCGGACUUGAACAUGGAUAACAAAAAGGAACAUGUGUGUGUGUUAGUUUGUGUAUGAGUGUGUGUAUGCGUGUGUGUUUAUGUCUGGUUUUUGUUUGUUUUUUUGUUGUGUGUGUUUUUUUUUUGUUUUUUUUUUUGGAUUGUUUUUCUUAAGAAAGAGAACAACACUUAACGUCAUUGGACUCUUCUGCUCACAUCCUCAAGAGUUGAUCAACCAAAGGUGGGAAUCUUCUUCAGAGAAGUUUUGAUCUAUUUUGAUAAAAGAAAAAGGAAAAUAAAAAAAAAAAAGAAAGAAAAAAACUGUUGGUGAGGCGGUAAAGACACAGAGCAUUAUUUUUGUGCAUGUGAUAUAGCAAAAUUCUUAUUUUUUAUCAAAGCAUUCUGGAUGUUUCAGAGUGAUUCAAGGAAGAGUUAAAACACAAUGUGUCUUUUUAUUUUGUUUUGUUAAAUAUGCAAACUUAAGUUUUUAUUUCCUGAUGUCUGUUGUUUGACAUUCUAUUUGCGGCGGCAGCAAUUUGUACAGAUUUCAAACCCUACAAACACUUUUGCUGGUCUGGUGUGUGGAGUCAAUAAAGAGCGGGAGCUAAACCGUUUAAAGCUACUUCUUCCUGUAACUGCUGCAGUGCACAGAUUUCUAUUCAUGCACAGACGAUAACAUCGACUGUUUAUAGUUUAGACAAGUUAAGUUUUUUUUUUUUUUUACUUUAGAUCGUUCUUUCAUAAGAAAACAAAAGACAAUCAAUUAUUUAUAUUUAUAUUUGACUUAUAGUUCUAUUUUUUCGAGUUUUUAAUCAUUGAAGCCUACAUUUAUAGAAAAGAAGUUAUUUAAUACUGUAGUCUAUGAAGACAAGCUGAAAUAGACGUAAAGAUCUUUAUCCCUCGCAGUAAUGAGCUGUAAUAUUUAGCUCAUAAAAUGACUUCAGGUUUUUUUUUUUUUUUUUGAUGGGCAGGUGAUUUACAGUCCUGUAUUUACCAUCUUUAAAAGUAAACAAAACACCAAAAAUGAGACAUGUUCAUACAAAAAGACGUCUUGUUUUGUUAGAUUGCAACCUCACGUUUCACCCGUGUCUAUGAGAAGUGGUUUUAAGCGGUUUUGUUGUGGCAAACCAUCAGGUAUCAUGAAGUUCAUCCUCCGUCGAAGGGAUGAGGUGAACAUGCUUGAGAACAGACCUGUUAGACAUUAUGUGUACAAAGAGCAAUGCAGUUACUAAAUUAAAGUGUAGUUUAGCAAAAGCAAUGAGGGAAAUAAAACAGAAGAAUUUGAAAAUCCCUGAGAAUAGUUAGUCUGUUAGGAAAGGGAACUGUAAGUCUUUUUUUUUCAAUGCUGCUGUCACCUGAGUUUGAUUCUCUGUCAGUGAGUUUGUAGUUUGUAGAAAGUUAAAUGUCCUCUGUUUUUUGUUGUUGUCUGUCACUUGAAAAUCUUUGAGCAAUUUUGCCUUAUUUUUGAUGAAUUAGUCUUAGAUUUUAAUUUUAGCUCUAGAUUUUAGCUUUUUACAUAGAGUAGUUGUUAGUUUUUUCUCUUUGAAUGAAUUGAUGCUGUUUUCUUGUGCACAUCAAGUUUUAUCUUGCUUUCCUUUCUCAUGAAUUUCCGUUCCAAGCCUUGUUUCAUCUGACCUCCCUGACAUUUUGUCUGACAUAUGUAGAGAGCCUUUUAGGAUGGAGAUACGAACCAAACAAUGACUUAAUUUAGUGCCGACUGAAAAGAUUUGUGUCGCUGCUGCAUCGGUGUUUCAGAGCAAACAAGCUCAGCGCAUUAAAAUCUCAGUCAGCACAUCUUGUGAAGCUCAUGUCAACACAUUCAUCCAAAUAUGUUGAGUUUUAAUUUAUGCAGACACCAGAAACUGUAGAUAUGUAGAUAAUAGAAAUAAUGGUUUUUACAAAGGACUGCUCACUAGACCAUGGAAGUGCCAUUAAAGACUAUUCUUACAGCCUUUCGUGAGACAGCAAGUCUGAAUGAAUUUGUGAGUGAUCCAAAAUCCUGCAAAAACUAUUUUGAGCUAAGCCUUAAUGUUUUUUUCUCUGGAUGAACUGCCUGAUUUCUCCUGGGAUUGACUUUCAUUUGUAUAUACUACGGAAACUGCAGCAGGCUUGUGGGAAUGCCAUCGAGCUAGUUGUCAGGGCAGGCCAAGUCACUUUCGGGUUAUGAGGAGCUUUUCUUCCUGCUCUGCAACCGUUCGUGUUUGAAUCCAGUGAGAAGCAGAUAAUGUCUGUCUAGAGGCUCACAGUUGGAAAUUUCUGUUUCUGUUUUGUCCUUUUUUCACAUCGACUCUUUGCCGUGUGUUUGCGUUGUAUAUUUCUGCAACCAAAGAUGUUGUAGCUGCCUGCUUUUUAGCUCUUUGUCACAGAAAAAGUGCUGCUGGAUAAAAAGCCUUUUUUUGGCUUCUGAUAGAUUCAGGAAAAAAUGACAAUACGAGAGUAAACAUGCACUUAAAAUUCCACAUUAUAUGACUACAGUUUCAGGAGAGGAGUACGUGUAUCAGAGUGCAUGCUGGGAGACUCAGCACAUGUGCAGGGGGAAGACAAAGUGCAGCGUUUGUUUUCGUCGUGUCAAGAUGAGUUUUCAGACGAGAGCUAUUUUGUAAAUAGCCUUUCCUUCCAUCUGCUAUUUUCACCAUUCGGUUCUUUUCUUGUGUGUUUUCUUGAUUAUUAUUUUAAUUUUUUUUUGUAUGAUUUAUGACUUGUCCACAAAACACAGUGACUAUCAUGUUUUUAGUUACAGCUCACCAUGAAGGAAAUGUCCAGAGAAAUGAUAUUCCAUGUAUUAGCCAUCACUUUUAAUACAAAAACAAGAUUUUGGAACUAUGAAAUGACCAUGUGUUACAAUACAGUGUUUAUUUAUUUAUAUAUAUAUUUUACAGAAGAGAUAAUGUUGCAGAAAAUCAUGUUUCUAAAUGAACUGGCGUUUUAAUGACAUUAGGAUUAAAGAAAUAUUAAAAGUGAUAGUGUACUCUGUAAAUUGUACACAGUGUUUGAAAUUUAAAAGAAUUCCUUGCACUUAUUAUUCCAUGUUGAUUUGAAAAUACACUUUAUGUCCAUCCUACCAUCAAUUUGAUGGCUUGUUUCAUAGUUUCAAAUAGUUUUGCUGCUACAACAGGAUUUCCAAACAGGUGGUUCGUUUUGGUCCAAUUUGGAUUUUUACAAUGUUUUGUUUUGGGUUUUUCCACAUUUAGAUUUGGUUGAUACAAGUGCCACAGCUUUGUUUGAAGGAGUGAUUCCUAUUUAAUUAAGGUAGUAAUGGGUAUUUUGUUUUAUUGUGGACAUUCAAAUGUGUAGGAUGUAGUGACAUCUAGUGGCAAAAAAUGCUAACAACACCUUCCAGAAGCAGCCAGAAUAUUUCCGCUGUAGAGCAGGUGUUUGUUUUGCCCUACUACUGUAGUAACACGGUGCUGCAACAUUUACAACCCACACUAAAUUGAAUUAACUAGUGAAAAUAUGAAAUUCUUUUUAUUUGCAUUUCUGCCGAAAUGUCACUAAAUGCUACACAUUUAAAACUUUAAACUGAACUCCAAAAAGCAGUGGAAACUCAGCAGUUCUGAAAACAUCAAACUGUAUGAACCAAAAUUGUGUGAUACGCAAGCACUGUGAAAAUUCAAUGGCCUCAUCUGACUACCUGCUUGUGAACAGUUUUCUUAUUUAUACAACAACUCAUUUUGUACAGUUUUGUUAGAGGAAAGAGGUUUUGAUAUUUGGUUAUUUUGCAAAUGCCACUUGGCUACUUUUGUCUUCCUGUGCCAGAGUUGCUAAACUGUCUGUAACUUGUGUUUUUUAUUGAUUGAGAUAAGAUUUUACUUCUUCCUUGGUUUUCUUUUUGAAUUUGAAUAUGUCGUUUUUGUUUUUCUUUUUUUAAUAAAAGCCUUGUUUCAA